AUAUAGGGAUAAUAGCUAUUUUCCCCCCUGCCAUAUUAGCGAGGUUUGAAAAACACCCCUGUAAAAAAAAAAAUUUAGAUUCCCUCCCUAACAUAUUCAGAUUCCUACAAAUUGGUCCCUCCCCCCAUCCAGUCACCAGAAUCUGAAUUUUUUUAAUAAUUUUUUAAGUUAUUUUAAUUAGUGACAUGGAAUAGUUGAUGAGUUGGCACAGUAAUUGAAGGUAGCUGCGGUAAAAACUUUUCACGAGUUCACAACCCUCAAUCCCAAACCGAAAACCCUAAAAUAAAUUAGGUUAUCUUCUUCUUCUCCCUUCUUCAACAGCAGCAGCAGCUCGAUCAUCUUCUUCUUCCUACAAGCAAAACCCUCGUUCUUCCUUUGUCGUGUUCUUCCUUUGUCGUAUUCCCGCCGUUGCGUUCUCAUCUUCGUCUUCAUGGAAGAAAGCUCAAACACAAGCAUCCUCUCUAAUGGAAGAACAAGACCCAAAUGUGGACACGAUCUCCCAAUGAAAAUGUUUAUUUCCAAAUCCAAAGCAAAUCCAGGGAGAAAAUACUGGAAGUGCAAGCACUGGGGGAAAGAGGAGGAUUGCGAGCUGUUUCUAUGGGAUGAUGAGUAUUUUGGAGUGGACGUUUCAAAGGAAGAUCGUUUGGUCUGUACGUGCGAGACUGUGGCUCACCAGAUUAAGAUGCUCACGAAGGAGAUCGAAGAAUUGAAGAUUACUAUUGACAACACUAGAAAAGUAGUGAAAUUUGUGAUAUCAAUAGUUGCUUGUUACUGUGUGUUUUAUGGUAUAGGCUUAGGUAGAAUGUAAGAAUUUAUGUUAUAGGCUUAGGAAGAAUGUAAGAAACAUGAUUUCAUGAAUGUCGUGUAACUCAAAUUUCUAAUGUGAAUCAGUUGCUCAAUUAUAUGUAACAGACCAUAUUCAAUUGUUAUUUCA